AUGGACGCCAAGAUUUGCAGAGUGCUUUUUGUUCUACUCAUUGUUGAAUUUGCAGUUCUGCAGGCGGAUACAUUUUACAGUGACUGCUCUGAUGACAAAACGCUUGUCGGCGCAUUCGUGUCAAAUUGCACCCAGGCACCUUGUGUCUGUGAAGGAGGUAAUUUUGCAAGAAAAGAAAUCACCUUCAGAACAA